AUGUUGAAGCUCCUUUUACUUGCUGCAUUUGUCCUCUGCGGACAUUGCAAUGGAGAUGUUCAGUACAUUGAGGACAUUGAGGAGAGUGCACGUGUAGUGGGAGGAACCAAUGCUGUCAAAAAUGGAUGGCCAUGGCAGGUAUCUCUCCAGUAUAUUUCCGGAAGCAGCUGGUACCACACCUGCGGAGGUACCCUAAUCCGUGCUAACCGUGUCCUGACUGCUGCUCACUGUGUGGACAGGGUAGCCACCUAUCGUGUGGUGUUGGGAGAUCACAACCUUAGCGUAAACGAAGGAACUGAACAGGUGAUCUCUGUUUCUGCAAUACGCAUUCACGCUUCCUGGAACACCAACAAUGUCGCAGCUGGUUUCGAUAUUGCCAUCCUCCAUCUGGCCUCCAGCGCUUCUUUGAACAGCUAUGUACAAUUGGGUAGUCUGCCAGCUAGUGGCACUGUCCUGGCCAACAACCACAACUGCGUCAUUAGUGGAUGGGGAAGAACCUCCACUGGUGGAGCUCUGCCUUCCAUCCUCCAGCAAGCUCCACUGCCUGUUGUUGCCCAUGCGACCUGCUCUACCAGCUCUUAUUGGGGCAGCACUGUGAAAACAAGCAUGGUGUGCGCUGGUGGCAAUGGGGCUCAGGCUGGCUGCAAUGGUGAUUCUGGUGGACCUCUGAACUGUGUUGUCAGUGGUGCGUACCAGGUCCAUGGUGUCACUAGCUUUGUAUCUUCCCUUGGAUGCAAUGCUUACCUGAAGCCCACAGUGUUUACCAGAGUGUCUGCCUACACCGCCUGGAUCAACAGCUCACAACCUUCCCUGGAGUCCAGCCUCCCUGAAACCACAAUAAUCACACUAACCUUCCCUGGAGCUCCAAUCCUCACACUACCCUUCCUCUAA